AAAAAAGUAUAGAUCUAGCCCAUAUAGAUCUAGAUCUAUAUGGGGAAUAGUCAUAGUGACAUAAACAAUAGUUUUAUCUGUGCAUAUUCUAUUUCUAAGUCAUUUUCAUGAGGCUUUUUUAAAUUAACCAAUGAAAUUUUUUUUCAUUUUUUAGAAUUAAGUGUGUAUUUUUCGAUUUCAGUGGUUGGAUUAAACAACAGAUUUACUAGAUCUACCUUGAACACCACAGCUAUGGCCAAAUUUGACAGCAGUAAAAAACAUGAUUUCAAUUUGGAUGAAGUUCUGAAAUCCUUUCAGCUGUGUCUCUCCAGUGAAAAUAGUUUGGAUCUAAAAGAAUAUCUGUCUGCUUUCCAUGAACUGUGUAGAUUUUUUAAGCUCACUGGGAAAUUGUUUGGUUUCGUAGCAAAAGACCUGGAGUCUAAAAUUAGGGCAAUAGAGUAUCACAUGGACUCCAUCAAUGGUGAGCACUACAGGACUGUACAGUCCAUGAUGGCUCAUGAGAUAGCGAACAGGACAACACAUGUUAAACAGCCACAUGCAUCUGGCACCCGCAUGCUGCUAAGGCUACAUCAUGCUUUAGAGUUUAUUUUGGCUUUCAUGAGAAGAAUCAUGCAAGGUGACGAGCAUGAGAAAAUGUCCAAACUGGCUUGGGAAGUUUACAAGGAGACUUUGUACCACCACCACCCAAACAUUACACACUUGGUGGCGGCCAUAGCAGUGUAUGCCCUGCCAACAAAGAAACACCUGAUUGAUGUCAUGUGUAAGCACGACUUCGAUAAAGUCAUGGGACUGCUGGGUCCCGUUGUUGACGCAGGACAACCAGUUUAUGACUGUAUACAAGAACUUUUCUCUUCCAAUAAUCUACUCCACAUUCCAUGAAAUACAAGCUGUCUGUUACAGUCAUUGCGUAAUGCCAUUAGCCAAAGACUUUAUAUUUUUUACAGGGGUAUACUGAAUGGAUUGUUUUUACCUUAAGUCAUCAAUGUUUUUUGUUUUAUUUGAUAUUUUUCUACCAUUUUAAAUCAUGUUAAAAACCCUUGAAUGAUAUUUAAAUUAAAAAACCUGUAAUAGCUUAUCUAAUGUUUAAAUGUACAUACUGUUACCAUCAUGACUAGAUGCCUAAUACUUAUUAAAUACCUAAUUGUAUAACAAUAUGGGUUGGCUCAUUAACAGAUAGAGGACAAAACUUCUCAAAUUCCCUCUUGAUAUUAUUGUGAAGAGACAAUCCCUGCUGAUCUUUGUUUCAAAUCCUAAAGAUAUUUUUCUAAGUUAUAUUUAAGUGGCCAUGUAUUCUGAAAAUAUCAAUUAUAACUGUAAUUCUUCAUGUAUGCCUAAAAAACAUGUACCCCUAAAACAGUGUAAUCUGAUAGUUUACAAAGUUCAGACAAAAAAUCCAAUGUUGUUUUGUUUAACUUGCUACCAAUAUUGGCUGGUACUCUGUGAUAUGGAGGUCUCAUAGAAAGUUAUAUUUUUUUUAAUCACCUGCAAUUUUCUGUAUUAUGUAUAACAUUAUGUGUUUUCUUUUUACAUCUCUAUGUUAAAGACCUAAUUAGUUUUAAACUAGUGUGUUGUAGCUGUUACAUCAUAAUGCAUAAUAUUUUGUCUCAACAAUUAAUUCAAGUUGAUUACAUGCUUGUGUAAUGCAUUCCAUAUGAAGGUCUAUGGGAAACACAGAGCUGUUUGUGGCCUGCUUUAUUCUGUUUGUUCUUUGCUCCAGGCUCCAGUUUAUGUGAUUGCUUACUUUUUUGUGAGUCUUAAAUAGAUAUAAUUUCUUCAAUUUUUUGUUCAUCAAAUUUUUUUAGUUAACGUGACUUGACAUUUUUUUUAAAUAAUUGAAUUUUUGGUUGAACUUGUGAAAAUCAUGUUUUCAAUUUAUCUUUAGAGACCUUGUGAGAUCUGUUUGUUAACAAAACUUGAUUGUUUUUCUGGUUUAUUUAUUUUUGCACAAUUGUUUUCUGUUGAUUCCACCCAAGAGUUGACCAUGGUACAACACUGUUACAACACUGUUGAUUCCAGCCAACUGUUGACCAUAGUACAACACUGUUGAUUCCAGCCAACAGUUGACCAUAGUACAACACUGUUGAUUCCAUACCCAAGAGUUGACCAUGGUAUAACAUUGUUGAUUCCACCAAAAGUUGACCAUGGUACAACACUGUUGAUUCCAGCCUUGAGUUGACCAUGGUACAACAUUGUUGAUUCCACCAAAUGUUGACCAUGGUACAACACUGUUGAUUCCAGCCAACAGUUGACCAUGAUACAACACUGUUGAUUCCAGCCAACAGUUGACCAUGGUACAACACUGUUGAUUCCAUACCCAACAGUUGACCAUGGUACAACACUGUUGAUUCCAUACCCAACAGUUGACCAUGGUACAACACUGUUGAUUCCAUACCCAACAGUUGACCAUGGUACAACACUGUUGAUUCCAUACCCAACAGUUGACCAUGGUACAACACUGUUGAUUCCAUACCCAAGAGUUGACCAUGAAGCAUGUAAUUCCACAUGAACAAUGUGCACCUGCUUAUUCAAUAACAGACAUCCUCUAUUAAUUUAUUUAAUGAAAUGUUUAUGUAAAAAAAAAUGUUUUAAAUUAUACAUCCUUCACAUGUUUUAAAAAAAAAAUUUCAUUUUGUUUUAAGUAUUUUUUGUAAAAUACUCAGUGCCUUACCAAACAUCUGCUUUAUACCAAAACUAAUCUCUUAAAUUUUAAAAUGUAUCAAAUUUAGAGAUGUAUUUAUAACAGGAAUGAUACAUAUUUAUAACAGAAAAGAUACUUAUACACAUCCCCCUAGAAUGUUUUCUCUAUGCUCAAGCGAAGUAUUUUUUGUGAUAUUAUUUUUUCUAUGUUUAAUAUAGCAAUUUAUCCCUGUGAAUUUUUGAACAUUGAAUACUCACAAGAGAUCAAACUCUAUGACAAUGUUUUUAACUAAGAAUCCUUUUUUUUUAAUGUAAAAGAGUUGUUAUUGUAUGGUCUUCAUUAUUUUCAUUUCUCUUCAUAAUUCUAUUUGACAAUGCUAAAACUUGUAAUUUUUAUCUGCAUCACUGCUACAGAUAAGGAUUUGAAUUUGUUUUGCCCAACUGUUAAUUUUUAAUUUUGUGUUUAAAUUGCUGUUAUUAUUUAAAUUACUGUUGUGGAAAUGUUACUGAGAGACUGAUGGCAAUAUUAAGAUGAUGAAUUGUUUUAUUGUGAAAAUAUUAUUUUCCUAUGCUUAAGACUUUUCACAGCUAUUGAAAUAAAACAGGUUUGGGUUA